CCUAUAAUGGGACCGGGCAUCGGAGGUUAUCCCGUCUCCCAGCACAGAGGGAGCCUGCAAAACCUGGUUCAUGAAACCUACGAAGGCAGCGGAAUGGUAACGUAAGGAUCCCUCGUUUUGGAAGAUGCAUGCAGGUGGAUGGCUUGUGUUUUUCCGAAGUUCGGGGGCGAAAUAAUGAAUUGUCAGUACAAUUUCCCCCAUGGCAUCCCUUUCUGGGGUUUUCUUUUGAUGCUUGCAUUCCUGGCUAUUUUAAAUCGCUGAGUAUAGGGAAUUUUUUGCUAAGUGAUAGAUGCCGCUUCUCCCCCCCCCCCCAAACCUAGUUAUUUUGAGAUAUAUUCUAAAAUAAUCUCUAUAUUCUGCAGAAACCUUGUUAGUACUGGGAGGGGAAUAGCUAGUCCAUGUUCAGAAGAACGUGUGAAAAAAACAACAAGCAACAGGUAUCCUGCGUUUAUAUUACGGAAUAAAUUGCCAGAUGAAGUUUAAAGUCUAAAAGGGGUUUUGCAAUGUUGAAGAUUGCAAAAACAGAACAUCUUAUGGGAUACCUGCAAAGGCAUCAAUGCUUAUGCCUCCCAGCUAGUAGCAGUGGCUAAUAUAUAUAGCAAUCUUCUUCAGUCUUGGCAAGUUUAAGAUCUGUGGACUUCCACACCCAGAAUUCCCCAGCCAGCCUGGAAACCUGUCUUUCUGAAUCUGGCUUCCUCCAUGUUGCUGGAUUGCAAUUCCUGGAAUUGGAGGCUAUGCAGCUUGGAAUUCUGGAAAUUAAAGUCUCGGAAAGUUCCAGUGGAGGAAAGAACCACUCAAGCACAAAAGAACUAAAGAAAUCAUCGUUUCUAAAACCUUCUUCCAAGAAGCCAGUGAAAAACACAUCUGCGAUUGCAGAAAAGGCUCCUGUAGAGGCCACAGACAGACAGAUAACAGCUCAGUACAAAGAGAAAAAGCAAGUUUACGAAGGGCAUCAACCAAACAGAGUGGCCAGGUCGAAAAGAGAACUUCUGGUUAGAAAAAGUCAUGAGGCCGGGGACAACAAAAUUCUUCCUGCGUUUAAAGAUGUCUCAUGUAGUCCUUUCAGCGGGACAGAAGAUGCGAUGAUCCAGAGGUUUUAUUGCAGACAGAAAGGCAGUUUGGAAAGAAACUUUGGGGAGGAGGUGGAGGAAGCAGGUCCUAGCGGUCUUUCCUGUCCGGUGGCGAUGACUGAGGCAAUGUUUCUGGACUUCGGAUCUUUGCAAAUGAUGAAAGAGGAAGACUCCGAGGAAGACGAUGCCAGUGACCUUUCAGAUUCUGAAAGAAUUCCCAUCCCUCCAUCGCCUUGCACGCCCCCAGAGCUCAAUCUGCGAGCAGAGGAGAUCGAUCCUGUUUGCUUCGAACACCACUUCGAGACGCAACGGAAGCAACCAGACUACCAUUACCCGGACUUCCUCCCGCCACCUUUUAACACCUGGGACUUGAAAGGGUUGGCUGCAUUCAUCAACACCGAGUGCAAAUCGGAACCCAGGCCGGAACCUACGGGAUUUCUUGAGAAGUACGUGGAUCGUCUUUUGGAACUGGAAUGGCUGCAGAUGCAAACUGUGCAAACUGAGAAAGGAAAGAUAACCAAAGCUCGGGUUCAGACUGCCCCCAGCGUCCUCCGGUCCUUGAAAAGUUCCGGCAAAAGCAAACUAUCGCACAGCCCUUUAGCAAAUAAACAGUCGAUUCUCCCCGGAAACAUUCCAAGACUCCCCAAUGCAGGUCUCAAAAAGGACUUUCCUGGGGAAAAAACCAACCCGGUGACAUCCCUUGAGAGUCAGUUGAAGGCCACUGGAUCCACCCAAAGCUCAUCCGCCCAUCAGAGGAGACCAUCUGAAGCAAAGAAUGAGACCAAAAAACGGCCUGCCCUCAAGCAGCAUUUGGCCAGUAUGCCUUCUUUUGAGAUCCAGGAAUCCUGCAUGAUCCAUGGAGCUGGUAACAUGAGACCUGCCAAGCCGCCAUCUUCAUUCCAUGGCUCCACUGUCCCGCUUAAGGGGUUACCAGCCCAUAUAUGCCCAAAUCCCAAGAAUGGAAAGGCAAAUAAUUACACUCCUCCCAAAAAAGCCUCUGUGGAUCCCAAGCUAAAAACAAACGGCCUGAAACAAACACGGUGCAAAUUUAAAUAAUGCUGGGACAGGGUUUGUUGCUUUGGUACAGCGGCCCUUUUCAUGGUUGCAGGAAGAAUCUAGAAUGGCGGUUCUUGAACUUCGAGGUAGACUUUCAUAGGGAGAUUCCAUCAUGUCCUUGACUUCUCAUCCCAUGUUGUGAUUGGUCCUGAAGACAAGAAUCCUGAUCCUUCAUCUCUGUCUCAUAUACACCAUUGGACAUGCAGGUGUCCUCACCCUUGUGAUGUUUGCAAUGACAAGACACCACAGUAUGAGAUCUUUGGUCUUCCUGGGAUUCCUUCCAUAAGCAUGUAACAUCAAAAAAUGCUCACAGCCUAUAUACUCAUCAUGGCCUCUUUUUAAAAAAAAGUUGUGAUGUGUGGCCAGCCAUUUUUUUCCUCCUGUGGUAAAUUUUUGCAGUUGUUUUUUUUUAAAAUAGGGAAUUAUCACCUUUAAAGUUCAUUCUUCCAUGAUGUACUACUCCUUGUAUGACAUUGUGGGUCAAACUAAAUAUUGAGUGGUAAAAAAUGUACAUAAACAAGUAAGAAAACUUUCUCCCAAUUCCCAUGAUUUCAACAUAUAAGAACAUUUCUCUCCCUGUGCUCAAGAGUUUCCUUUUGAAAUUAUACAUUUGAUGUCACUUUUUUUUUUAAGGAUGGCAUUUAUAGACUGCUUUUCAAUCUGCACCAAGGAGAAUCCCAAAGUGGUUUACAAGGCCUGCGUAUUGGGAGAGGUUGCUGGGCUGGUGUUAUUGCAACUAGAAUAUUUUGCAACUUUUAAUUUGAGGCUGG